AUGAACGAGAAUUGUCGCCCUCGUGUGGAAUGCCUGCACUCCCCCCCGUUUUGCAUUCGCCCGGCUGGGGAUGCGUGGGCCACACCCGCCCAAACCCGCCCUCACCCGCCCAAACCCACCCUCACCCGCACUAACCCGCCUUCACCCACCCUCACCCGCCCAAACCCGCCUUCACCCGCACUAACCCGCCUUCACCCGCCCAAACCCGCCUUCACACACCCUCACCCGCCCAAACCCGCCCUCACACACCCUCACCCGCCCAAACCCGCCUUCACACAACCUCACCCGCCCAAACCCGCCUUCACCCGCACUAACCCGCCUUCACCCGCACUAACCCGCCUUCACCCGCCUUCACACACCCUCACUCGCCCAAACCCGCCUUCACACACCCUCACCCGCCCAAACCCGCCUUCACACAACCUCACCCGCCCAAACCCGCCUUCACCCGCCUUCACACACCCUCACUCGCCCAAACCCGCCUUCACACACCCUCACCCGCCCAAACCCGCCUUCACACAACCUCACCCGCCCAAACCCGCCUUCACCCGCCCAAACCCGCCUUCACCCGCCUUCACACACCCUCACUCGCCCAAACCCGCCUUCACACACCCUCACCCGCCCAAACCCGCCUUCACACACCCUCACCCGCCCAAACCCGCCCUCACCCGCCCAAACCCACCCUCACCCGCACUAACCCGCCUUCACCCACCCUCACCCGCCCAAACCCGCCUUCACCCGCCCAAACCCGCCUUCACACACCCUCACCCGCCCAAACCCGCCCUCACACACCGUCACCCGCCCAAACCCGCCUUCACACAACCUCACCCGCCCAAACCCGCCUUCACCCGUACUAACCCGCCUUCACCCGCCUUCACACACCCUCACUCGCCCAAACCCGCCUUCACACACCCUCACCCGCCCAAACCCGCCUUCACACACCCUCACCCGCCCAAAGCCGCCUUCACACAACCUCACCCGCCCAAACCCGCCUUCACCCGCACUAACCCGCCUUCACCCGCCUUCACACACCCUCACUCGCCCAAACCCGCCUUCACACACCCUCACCCGCCCAAACCCGCCUUCACACAACCUCACCCGCCCAAACCCGCCUUCACCCGCACUAACCCGCCUUCACCCGCCUUCACACACCCUCACUCGCCCAAACCCGCCUUCACACACCCUCACCCGCCCAAACCCGCCUUCACCCGCCCAAACCCGCCUUCACCCGCCCAAACCCGCCUUCACCCGCCCUUAUCCGCCCCGAGGGUCCGUGCUCCUCGUGCGGAAGAGACCUCAGGUUGUCUGCUGGAGCGGACCUGGUGCCGCCGGCCUCCGCCUGUGGUCACGUGA